UCGUACGCGUCUGUAUCCUGCAUUACGCAUAAGCAUUCAAUACGCUGCACGCAUAGCAACGGCUUGGAUGUACCACACACGGUUGUCGUGACGUAGGGCGCGCACUUAUCAAAAUUCCUGGAACACCAUAACUUGUUCAUCGAUAUUUUAAAAUUGUUUAGAAAUCGAAAAAAAUGGCAAAAUUAAUUUCAUUGAGAUUUCCAAAGAAACCUAAGAAUGGCGAUGAAGUGCAUAUCCGAGGAAAGCUUGAGGACAAUGCGAAAACUUUUUCCGUGGAUUUCUGUCUUCCCCGGAAUCCGCAGGAUGAGGAAUCACCUAGCUAUGUUGCGUACCGUUUUCAAACCAUUUACCCGGAGGGUCCAGAUAGUCAGGUUAUACAAACAUGGAAAAACAUAGAAUGGAGAGACAAUCACAUGGAUGAAAAUUACUGGCACACCGAACGCACCGAUAAAUUCUCAGUGGUUUUUCGGCUGUACAGCGAGUCGAUAAAGGUUUUCGCAGAUCGUGCUGACCAUCCACCGGAAUACGAGUUCGAUCUGCACUUACCACUGGAUCAGAUUGAAGUGAUCGAGUUACGGGACGAUUUCGAAAAUAUAGAGGAGAUAUCAUUCCGGUACGCCAUCACAAACGGGGAUUAGAAAUAGCUGGUUGCAGCUGGUCUCGCAAUACUCGUGCACAUCAAAUGGAACACAAUUCACUUCAAAAUUGUCACCAAACGUCGAUCAUCGAAUAUCAUUUGCAAUUGAAUCACCAUUACCCAACGUAGAAGUAUUGUUGCGAACGCUGAUAUGUAGUUCCGAAGUUACAGCAAACGAAUAAUAUACAUUGCACAUGGUUGUUGUGCAUGCAACAGUGUCUAAAUGCUUUACACAUUUCAGUGCAACGAUAACGCUUUUUUUCGAUAACGUUAUCAAGUGUUAACCGCACUGCUAUUGGACAGUAAAAUCAGUGUUAACAUCACUAAACACGUAAAACAAUCACUAAACACGCUGAAACUUGCCUUAACAUAGUAACGAAUUAGUAUCCGUGUAUCGAAAUUCAAGGUUGUAAUGAAUAUUGUACAGCAAGAAAAUAAAGCAUAGCAUUUUUUUCUUUCGCUCUGUGCUUUUAAAUUAU